UUCAGUGUGUAGCUUGAAAGUCACCUUGACUUGUUAUGAUUCAAUAUCAACCCUGAAACUUAUGUAAACUGAUGAAUUUGUUUAUGUUGAACGAAAUUCGAAUUCAUGUGACAAAUUAAAGUUUCAUCUAAUAUUUUACACCAAUUCUCAAAAAUCAUACAAACAUGACAGGACAUAAAUUCAUUCAGAGAGGAGCCUAUAAGGGAAAAGGCAUAGCUGUCUUUACCAGCGGGGGUGAUUCUCAGGGCAUGAAUGCAGCUGUUCGGGCAGUUGUUCGAACAGGAAUUUACUUAGGGUGCAAAGUGUAUUUCAUCAGGGAAGGAUAUCAAGGGAUGGUUGAUGGAGGCGACAACAUUAUUGAAGCUGAUUGGUCCUCUGUUAGUAGCAUCAUACAUAUGGGAGGUACUGUUAUUGGAUCUGCAAGAUGUAUGGACUUCAAGGAGCGUUGGGGUCGACUGAAAGCUGCGGAAAACUUGGUGAAAAGAGGUAUAACCAAUAUUGUUGCUAUUGGUGGAGAUGGUACAUUGACUGGUGCGGAUACAUUUAGGUCUGAAUAUACUGAUCUCUUGAAUGAGCUUGAAUCAACUGGACGAAUUACCAAAGAAGAAAAGGAAAAAUAUAAAUUUCUCAAUGUAUGCGGUUUAGUUGGGUCGAUAGAUAAUGAUUUUUGUGGCACAGACAUGACAAUAGGCACCGCCAGUGCACUUCGUAGAAUAAUUGAAGCUCUAGAUGCUAUAUCAAGUACUGCCUACUCUCACCAAAGGACCUUCAUUAUGGAAGUUAUGGGUCGACACUGCGGGUAUUUAGCCAUUGUUUCUGGUUUGUCCUCUGAGGCAGACUUCAUAUUUAUACCUGAACAUCCCCCUCCCCUACAUUGGCCUGAAAUACUUUGUGAUAAACUUAUUGAGGAAAGAGAAAUGGGUAAACGUUUGAAUAUCAUCAUUUUGGCAGAAGGUGCUGUUGAUGUAGAAGGAAAACCCAUUACAGCUGAACAAAUCAAAAAGGUUGUAGUCGACAACUUACAUCAGGAUACCAGGAUAACCAUUUUAGGUCAUGUCCAAAGAGGUGGAAACUCAGUGGCUUUCGAUAGAGUUUUAGGUUCUCGGAUGGGCGCCGAAGCUGUGAUGGCUCUCAUGGAAGCUGAAGAAGGUUCCACCCCUUGUCUAAUAUCAUUAGAAGGUAAUCAAGCCAUCAGGUUACCGCUCAUGGAGUGUGUCAAACAAACAAAAGCAGUUGCAGAGGCAAUGAAGCAAAAAGACUGGACUAAAGCCAUAGAGUUGAGAGGUAGAUCAUUUUCCAGGAAUUUGGAGACUUAUAAGUUGUUGACAAGAUUGAAACCAACAUUGGAUGAGAAUGUGAAACCAGUGACUGUUGCUGUUAUGCAUGUUGGAGCACCAGCAUGUGGUAUGAAUGCUGCAGUGAGAUCUUUUGUUCGGAACAUUGCUUGGCAUGCUGGUACAGUAUUAGGUAUCCAAAAUGGAAUCGAGGGUCUCAUUGAGGGAAACUACAAGAAACUUUCCUGGAGAGAUGUCACUGGGUGGGUAUCUGUUGGAGGUUGUUUUCUAGGAACAAAAAGGACAUUACCAGAAAAUCGUUUGCCAGAAAUAGCUGCCAAAAUAAAGGAAUUAAACAUUCAGGGAAUUCUAAUUAUAGGAGGUUUUGAGGCUUUUCACACAUGUCUGCAAUUUUUUGAAGGAAGGCCGCAGCACCCCGAACUAAUGAUACCAAUAGUUGUGAUCCCAAGUACAAUAAGUAACAAUGUACCUGGAACAGAACUGUCAAUUGGUUGUGAUACUGCCCUAAAUGAAAUCACCGAAAUUUGUGAUAGAAUAAGAUUGUCAGCUCAAGGAACAAAACGAAGAGUUUUCAUUGUAGAAGUGAUGGGUGGACACUGUGGAUAUCUCGCUACCCUGGCAGGGCUUGCCGGAGGUGCUGACGCCACCUAUAUUCACGAAGAAUCAUUUAAUGUUCACGAUUUGCAGCAGGACUGCUAUCAGUUAGCCGUCAAAAUGGCUGAGGGUGUUCAGAGGGGUUUAGUUCUGCGCAAUGAAAAAGCAUCAGCAAACUAUUCGACUGAUUUUAUUCAUCGUCUGUAUUCAGAGGAAGGCAAAGGAAUUUUCAGUACAAGAAUGAAUGUAUUGGGUCAUAUGCAACAAGGCAGUACUCCAACACCUUUUGAUAGGACUUUUGCAACAAAAAUGGCUGCCAAAGCAUCUGAUUUCCUUCUGAAACAUAUUAAAACACCUAGUACAUGUGCUAGUAAUAAGGCUAAUUUCGAGCCUCAAACUGCAUGUCUCUUGGGAAUGUUGAAGCGACAGUACAAAUUCACGCCAAUCAUUGAACUAAAGACGCAAGCCAACUUUGAGUUGAGAAUACCAAAGGAGCAAUGGUGGUUGAGUUUGAGACCUUUACUUCGCAUAUUAGCCAAGCAUGAGAGUGCCUAUGAAGAAGAAGGCAUAUAUAUGACCGUAGAAGAUCGUAAACUAUGAUCAUUUCGUGUAAUAUUAUGGUAUUAGUAAUUUUAUUAGAGAAUUGUGAUUUCAAUUUCAGAUAAUAUGUAUUUACUUCGAAUUCAUUUCUGCACAUUAUUAUUUAUUCACUAUGCUAUUGGUAAUUGAAUUUUUUUCAAUUAUUGUGAAUUAAUCUUUAUGUACUUUUUCGAUUUACAAUAAUGAUGUUCAAAGCUUAUUUAUUUAUUUUGAAUAAAAAUUUUUUUGUGAAAAA